AUUAUUUAGUCUUAAAAUAAUUACUUUCAACUAAGUUUUAAGAAAAUUUUGAUAAUAUAGAAAAUUACAAACAAUCAUCAUAAAAAAAAAAACUUAAGUUAAAAUAUUUAAUAUUAAUAGCAUAGUAUUUAUAUAAGGAUGCUUAUCUAGUUAUGGCAGAAAGAAUAAGAUAUGAAGAGGAACACUUGAGACGUUGGAAUGUUAUCACUUUACGUGCAAGUUGGGAUGUUAUGAUACAUACUAUCUUUUUGUAUUUAGUUUUUGUUUGGAUAGGGAUAUAGCUUUUUGAACCACUAUUCUACUCAACUUACACCCCUAGUUCUGCUGAAGUUUAUCAAUAAAAUUAUGUAAGCGGAAAAAUAAACAAUUACGUAAAAGAUAAAAUAAUUCCGUCUUUUUAAUACAUUUUCAAUAAUAAUAUAGAGUAUGUUAUGGUAUUAUAAAUUUAACAACCCAAGCUAUAAAACAUCUUAGAAAAAUCAUUAGUCUUAUACAACUUCAUCACUUAUUUAAUUAUAUGGCCCUGUGUUAAAAUAUGAUGACAAUAAUAUCAAACAUUAGUAAAUUUUCAACAUUAAUGAUUUUUCUUUGGCCGGCUGUUAUAUUUGAAAUGAACAGAACCUCUCGGAUUUUUGUUCCUUACAUGUUUAGCAGUUGAUAAGUUCAAAGCUAUUUAAACUGUUAGGGCGUUGUUCUUGAAAACCAACUAAUAAGAGGCACUGAUAUAGUAACAUCCAAAGCAAGAGACUGUGGUGGCAUUUCAAUGGCUGCAGGUUUUGUUGCUCCUCAACUCAAACAUGCUAUCUGUGCAAUUCUGGUGCUACCAUUCUUAGUCACAACAGCCACUAGUGCUGACAUAUUCCUUGAUUGGCACGUUUCCAUCGACUUCAAUUUAAAGCCUGUUUCUUCUGAUCAACCAGUAAUAACAAUCAAUGGCAUGUUCCCGGGACCCCUUAUAAAUGCAACAACAAAUGAUAAUAUUCAUGUCAAUGUUUUCAAUGGUUUAGAUGAUCCCUUGCUGUUUACGUGGAAUGGUAUACAGCAAAGGUUAGAUUCAUGGCAAGAUGGCGUUUCUGGCACAAACUGCCCCAUUCCAGCUGGUUGGAAUUGGACUUAUGAUUUCCUAGUCAAAGACCAGAUUGGCACAUUCUCCUAUUUUCCUUCCAUCAAUUUCCUUAAAGCUGGUGGAGGGUUUGGUCCAAUUCGAGUCAACAAUCGACCUGUGAUCAGUGUUCCUUUUCCAAAACCAGAGGCAGAAUUUGAUCUUCUGAUUGGAGACUGGUACAGCACCAGCUACAAGGACAUUAGGUACAGGUUGUCUACUGCUAAUGCUCUUCCUCCUGAUUGGAUGCUAAUAAACGGCAAAAGACCGUAUAUGAACAAUUUUUCUGUGUCAUAUGAGUCUAUCAAUGUUACACAAGGAAAAACAUAUCUGCUAAGGAUAUCAAACGUAGGGACAACUUGGAGCUUCAACUUCAGGAUUCAAAAUCAUCAAAUGGUUUUGGUUGAAACUGAAGGUUCUUACGUCAAUCAAAUAGAGUUGGAGUCUCUUGAUGUUCAUGUAGGUCAAUCCUAUUCAGUUCUUGUCACAGCAAAUGAAGAUGCUGCUGAUUACUACAUAGUGGCCUCUCCUAAAGUGAGUAAUGCCACAGAUAAUAGCACUCUCGUCGGCGUUGCUGUGCUUCAUUAUGAUAACUCUACCACACCAGCUAAGGGGUCUCUCCCAAGUGGUCCAGAUCCCUUUGAUGUGCAGUUCUCCAUCAACCAAGCAAAAUCCAUCAGGUGGAACCUGACCACUGGAGCAGCAAGGCCUAAUCCUCAGGGAACGUUCAAUGUUUCAAAUGUGACAAUAUCUGAGACUUUCAUUCUAAACGCGUCUGUAGCAACUAUUGAUGGAUUAUCUCGCUACACUGUCAACAAUGUGUCUUACUUGACCCCAGAUACUCCAUUGAAGCUAGCUGAUUACUUUUCCAAUGGAACUGGAGUAUAUGAACUGGAUGCUUUUUCUAAGAACAGUUCAAAUGCAAAGGCCGUGAGUGGAGUUUUCGUUGCCAGUGCAUUGCACAAAGGGUGGACGGAGAUAGUGCUGAAAAACAGUUUAGACAUGAUUGAUACUUGGCAUUUAGAUGGAUAUAGUUUCUUUGUGGUCGGAAUGGGAGAAGGAGAAUGGAGUCUAGAAUCACGGCUAACUUAUAAUCUGUAUGAUCCUGUUGGUCGAUCGAGUGUGCAAGUGUACCCUGGAGGGUGGAGUGCAGUUUAUGUGUACCCUGACAACCCAGGAAUGUGGAAUCUGAGAUCACAGAACUUGCAAAGCUGGUAUUUGGGUGAAGAGCUCUAUGUGAGGGUUUAUGAUGCUGAUCCCAACCCUGCCAAAGAGAAGCCUCCUCCACCAAAUCUCCUUCUUUGUGGAAAGUAUGAACCUCCUGCUCCAACCCCUGCUCCCUCAGUGUCCCCAACACCAAGUGCUCCGUCAUCCAAUGCAUGUAAUCUGCAUAAAACAAGGUAUCUGAUUGCUAUGAUCACCACUGUCAUAUGUUUCUUCUAUAUUGGUGUUCAUUAAUUGAGAUGGUGCACCCUUUGCUAAGGAGAUGGGAGAUAUGAAGCACAAAAACUCCUACUGUAUUUUUCUUUUUCUUUUUAAAUUGGUCCAUCAUGAAUGAAAUGUAUAGAACAAGUAUUGCAUAUCUUCAAAUAUUUUGGGUAUAGUUCAAGAUUAAUUUCUUAUUUA